GUUAUUUGGAAAAUUGGAAAAUUCAUGUAGGAAAUUAAACUUCAGUUUUCUGUAAUUAAAACAGGAUGUUUCAUACACCAGAUUACUAUCACAACAUAUCCAUGAGACUUUCUGAGGUCCUGGACAAUAUUGGUGUAACUGAAAAUAUGGUGAUGAAGAGGAGGAGGUCAUUUUUACUGCAAGAAACAAUUGAAAGAAUCACACACAGAGCAAAUGGAACACAAGCUACUAGUUAUAUAUUAGGCAGUCAAUCAGAAGGCACCACAACACCAGGACUGCAAACAGAUGUUGACACACUUUUCUGUCUAGAUAGUUUCAUUGUUAUACAGGACUGGUCUGAAUGGACUCCAGGUAAAUGUAACCAACUGAUGAUUCAGAAUGAAACAACAUCACCUGGUUAUUGUCUUCUACAGAUGCUAAGAGAUGAUGCUCCACUUCCUGAUACACAUGAAAUGGAUAAUAUCUUUGUAAAGGAUACACAAGGACGGAUAUUGUACAAGAAUACAAUAAUUGAUACUGUCUUGCCAGAAGGAAAUCAGCGGCAAGGACCGUCAGUAGCAUCUGCAGCAAAACCAGGUUUUCUUGCUAGUGACUUGGUAGUAGCACAUCCUUGUAAAACAUGGCCCCAGUCAUCAAGAGCUUGCCUGGACAGGCAAGAAACAAAUUCAUGGCCAACAGCAGAAAUGAAGAGAUAUGCAAAAACUACAAGAUGUUUUGUUGUUGGUGUUGGAAGCAAAGUCAGUGAAAAAGCAGACUUUGAAUGGAGAAUUUCUACCUCAUUAGCUGAACGGUGCCUGAUGUUCAAUUUAAAUAUUACUCAAAUAAAAAUAUAUAUCUUAAUGAAAAUGAUUCUUAAAACAUACAUUAAUGUUGAAAAUCUUAAUAGUGAAAGUUACAUUUCAAGUUUCAUGUGUAAAACUGUUUUGUUUUACUGUGCAGCAAGUAAACCUUCAAAAAUAUGGAAGGAGUGUAACAUUUUAAACUGUUUAAAUGUCUGUAUACAAACACUGAACAGAUGUAUAUUAGCAGGAAAUUGUCCACAUUUCUUUGAUCAUGAAAAUAAUUUAAUGGCAGGAAAAAUUUCCACUGUAGUCAAACAUCAGUUACUUGAAAGAAUGUCAAAUUUGAUACCAUGUGAUGAAACUUCACUUUUUGGAAUUCAGAUUGAUAAACUUGGUGAAAGACUUCAGAUUAAGCUUAAUAUGAUAAAUGAAGUACAUCAUGACAUAUUACAGACAGAGGAGUACACUCUGAGCAUAUUAACUGGUUUAUUACAAUACACAAUUGGGCAUAUUUCAAAUUGCUAUAAUUUUCUUAUUGAUAGUACAAAAGAUGAAAGUUUAGAAAUGAAAUUGAAAAUUCUGUUACAGCUAUUGCUACAUUUGACAAAAUACUACAGAGAUGGUGCAAUGUUAGAAAAGACAGCAUGCAAACUUCUAGCACCUCUGUGUUGUACCUCAAUAGGAUCUCUGAUAGCCUCUCAGAACAUUCAAAUUAACAGAACAAUUUCUCCUCAAGCAUUUGCCUGGCUUGAAGCAGGACUGGACUCAGAUGGUGCUUCAAGCAGACUAAAGUUAGCAUCUAUAAUGUAUUGUACUGGAGAUAUGGAAAGAGCUGUUUUCAUUCUUAAUAAUAUAGAAGAACAAUACAACACUGAAGUUACUGAGCCUGUAUGUGGUUGCUACAACUCCCUUAAGCAUUACAUAAAGAGAGGAUUAGGUCAACUCUGCUGUCAAUAUGAUGAAGCAGAAGUUAAGUACAUAGUUGCCCUUUGUGUAAGAUUUUUCCCAGCUGAAAUAAACUGUGUACCAAAUGAACUUCAGUAUGAAAUGUUUAGAUCAACACAAGAGGACCUUCAACAUAGCGGUAGAUGUGAUGUCUGGAUGGACUGUGCUGUAGCAGACUCACUUCCAUAUCUUUAUUUUCUACAAUACAAGACAUACAGCAACCUACGGCGACCCGAGGAACAGCAACAAUCACUGAACAAACUUAUGUGGGCCAUUGGAACAGAAGAGAACCUAGCACACAGAGAAACAGCACUGAAUUUACUAGGACAGUGCAUGGAACAGGAGAACAGACCUGCUGAUGCUAUACAGUGUUACAUGUUAUCUUUACGCCUCAGAGAGAGAAACAAUGUUGCUAGAUUUCAUAUUUGCAGGUGUUUGGCCAAUAUAGUUUCAUAAAUACACAGCAAACUUGUGCAAAUUUGAUAUCUGAUUGACCAAACUUCAAACACAUGACAGUAAUUAUUCUUGUUGUAUUUAUCUGAUUUUCUAUGGCCAGAAUCCUGGGGGUGUAUUUUAGUAAAAUAAUUAUGUCAACUAUUUUGUGAAAAAGUGAUUUGCAACAGGUAUAUAAAAUAGCAUAAAAUACAAUAUAUACAUAUUUGGUUUGAU